AUGACAGGGGCACUCUUGGAGAGUCAACCGAGGAUCGAGGAACUGGGGCGACGAGAGCGCUGUUCCAGCGCCAGCACCAGUACCAGCGCCAGUAUCAGCACCAGAUCUCCGCCCCUCUACUACGGCGCGACACCCCUCGUCGCCGCCGCCGACGACCGUCGUAUGAAUCCUCAACAGCUACCCAAGGUACCGUAUCCGUAA